UCCAUAAAAAUUUAGAACCCCAAAUCCUAAUCAUCUUCUCUCGCUCCCUCUCUCUCGGCUCCCCUUCGAAGUUUGCCUCCUGAAAAACGAAACCUUCGCAACCCAGUUCUCGGUAGUCUUUAUCCCCGAUUUUCGAUAGCGGUAACAUCCUUCGAAGCCUAGUUAAAACCUUGCCUCGGAGUCCGCCAUGGCCAACGAAAAUCAAGCGUCCACCUCUUCGAGCGCUUUCUCCUUCAUAUCCAAGGGCUUGAGAGAGGUGCGGGACUCGGCGGAUGCCGAUCUCCAAACGAUGCGCGACCGAGCCAACUCGUUCAAGAACCUCGCGAAUUCGUUCGACCGCGAGCUUGAGAACUUCUUCAACUCCGCCUCGACGCCCUUCUCGGUCCCGGCGAUUCGAUCACCGCCCCCGCCUGCCGAGAUCGAUUUCGUGAAGAAGCUCCAGCCAAAGCUCUCGGAAUUCCGCCGGGCGUACUCUUCCCCAGAUUUCAGCAGAAAGGUUCUGGAGAAAUGGAGCCCGAGGACGAGAAUUCGGAUCGAUUUGUCGGCUAUAAAGAACGCUAUUGUGUCGGAGGUGGAGGACGCGGACGGGAUUAUUCAUUUUGAUAGGGUUAGGAAGAGGAAUACGACGAGUUUUAGAGAGUUGGGGGAGUUGAAAGGGCAGGGAGAAGGAAAUGAAGCACAGUCUAGGGAUUGGGAGCCAAUUCGGGCAUUGAAGACAAGGCUGAGAGAGUUCGAGAAGCGGAGUUCGUCGGUGGAGAUUUUCGGCGGGUUUAAGAAGAGUGAGUUUUUGGAGAAAGUGAAGUCGAGCUUGAAAGCAAUGUGCAAGGAGCCUCGAGAGUCAAAUGAAGUGCUGCCACUGGACGUGCCAGAACUUUUGGCAUACUGGGUUAGGCAAUCCAGUCCAUUUUUGGAUCAACUUGGUGUUAGGAGAGAUAUAUGCGAUAAGAUAGUGGAAAGCUUGUGUAGCAAACGCAAAAACCAACUUUUAUUGCACUCUGUCUCUGCUGGAGAAUCCUCUGUUCUAGGAAAUGAUAACAUCAAUGAUGAAUUAGAUUCGAGGAUAGCCAGUGUACUCCAAAGUACAGGUCAUUGUUACGAAGGUGGAUUUUGGACAGACCGUGCAAAGCACGACCUGUCUGAUGGGAAAAGGCAUGUUGCCAUCGUCACAACUGCUAGCCUUCCUUGGAUGACUGGCACAGCUGUAAAUCCACUGUUUCGAGCUGCAUAUCUAGCGGGUUCUGCAAGACAAAAUGUCACACUACUGGUUCCAUGGCUUUGUAAAUCAGAUCAAGAAUUAGUUUAUCCAAGCAAUCUAACGUUUAGUUCACCAGAAGAGCAGGAAAUAUAUAUCCGUAAUUGGCUGGAGGAAAGGAUUGGCUUCAAGGCUGAUUUUAAAAUUUCUUUUUAUCCUGGAAAAUUUUCAAAAGAAAGGAGAAGCAUAAUACCUGCUGGAGAUACUUCUCAAUUUAUCCCUUCCAAGGAUGCCGACAUUGCUAUCCUGGAAGAACCAGAGCAUCUGAAUUGGUACCAUCAUGGAAGGCGUUGGACUGAUAAAUUUAACCAUGUUGUAGGAAUUGUCCACACAAAUUACUUAGAAUAUAUCAAGAGAGAGAAGAAUGGAGCUCUCCAAGCUUUCCUUGUAAAACACAUUAAUAAUUGGGUCACAAGAGCUUACUGCCACAAGGUUCUUCGUCUAUCUGCUGCUACCCAGGAUUUACCAAAGUCUGUGAUUUGCAAUGUUCAUGGUGUGAAUCCUAAGUUCCUGAAAAUUGGAGAAAAGGUUGCUGCAGAAAGGGAAUUUGGGCAGGAAGCCUUCUCAAAAGGAGCAUACUUCUUAGGCAAGAUGGUCUGGGCAAAGGGUUACAAGGAGUUGAUAGAUUUGCUUGCGAAGAACAAGAGGGACCUUGAUGGCAUCAAGUUGGAUGUGUUUGGGAAUGGAGAGGAUGCCCAUGAAGUUCAAAGUGCAGCUAGGAGGUUGGACCUGAAUCUCAAUUUUCUGAAAGGCAGAGAGCAUGCGGAUGAGACUCUUCACGGGUACAAAGUCUUCAUAAAUCCCAGUGUCAGUGAUGUGCUCUGUACGGCUACUGCUGAGGCACUUGCUAUGGGUAAAUUUGUAGUUUGUGCAGACCACCCAUCAAAUGAGUUCUUUAGGUCCUUCCCCAACUGUUUGACUUAUAAGACUUCCGAGGACUUUGUUGCCAAAGUGAAAGAAGCAUUAGCAAGUGAACCCCAGCCCCUUACUCCCGAGCAAAGACAUAACCUUUCAUGGGAGGCUGCCACUCAGAGAUUUAUUGAGUAUUCUGAGCUUGACAGAUUCCUUGCUAGUACUGAAGAUGGUGCAAAAUCCAGCAGAAAUAACGGAAAGAGCAUUCAAAAAUCAGCGUCAUUACCUAGUCUGACCGACAUGGUUGAUGGAGGAUUGGCAUUCGCCCACUACUGCCUCACUGGGAAUGAAUUUCUGAGACUAUGUACCGGAGCAAUUCCUGGGACACGUGACUAUGACAAACAGCAUUGUAAAGACCUUAAUCUCUUACCUCCGCAGGUAGAAAAUCCCAUCUAUGGUUGGUAAGUGGAUUAACUAAAGUAACCCCCGUGUAUAAUACCGAAAUAUAAUUUUCAGGAGCUUGCUUUCUUAUUUAGUCGUUAGGGUUUUUAUUUCCUUAAUGAUGUAUUCAUUUCUGAAGCACAUGUAGGUAAGCAGCUGAAUCAGAGUUUUGCUGUUUUCCACAUUAAUAUAUAGGAGACUGUGCAAUAGUGUCCAAGCCUUGUGAAAA